AUGUCAAGACCUGUUCAUGGUUCUAAUAUUGGUUCACUGAUUCUUGACAAUUUGAUGGAGUUGGUAUUAGACAAUUGCAUCAAUUGUAAGAGUCUUCCACCAUUGGGCCAACUGAAUAGUCUCAAAUUUCUUGCACUGAGGAAUAUGGAGAAGGUGAAAUGCAUCGGUAAUGAGUUUUAUUGCGACGGAAGUAAUCAAGGUCAGAAGGAGGUGUUUCCUGCAUUAAAAACAUUCAUCCUAUGGCGACUGCAAAAUCUGAAAGAAUGGACAGCAACGGCAGCAGCAAUCAUGUUUCCUUGCUUAGAAGAGUUGUUUGUUUCUAACUGCGGCUUAUUGAAAAAUGUUCCCCUGACGGGACAAUGUUUUUCUCUUAAAAAGCUCUGUAUUGAGGAUUGUUCACGAUUAAGCAGUAUAGGGGAUGGACUAGCUACUUCCACGCUUCUUGAGGAACUAACUAUAGUGAAGUGUCCAAAUUUGUGCUCAAUUCCAAAUUUAAAUGGGUUUUCCGCUCUUCGAAGUGUCUAUCUUUCUGAUUGUGGAAUCUUGGAAAUUAUUCCAAUAGCAGGAAUAUGUUCAUCUCUUAAAGAAUUUUGCAUUUCUAAGUGCAAUAGAUUAAGCAAGAUUGGAGAGGGGUUGUCUACCUCCACUAGUCUUGAAGAAUUAAAGCUAAGUGGUUGUGCUAAAUUAAGUUCCAUUCCAGAUUUGGAAGAAUUUUCCUCUCUCCGAAUUUUAGAUAUAUCGGACUGCCAGGAACUGGAAACUAUUCCGAUAAGAGAAAGAUGUUCAUCUCUUGAAAAGCUUCACGUUUCCUCGUGUCCAAAAUUAUGCAAGAUAGGAGACUGGUUGUCUACCUCCACUAGUCUUGAAGAAUUAAAGCUAAGUGCUUGUGCUAAUUUAAGUUCCAUUCCAGAUUUGGAAGGAUUUUCCUCUCUCCGAAUUUUAGAUAUAUCAAACUGUUACAAACUGGAAACUAUUCCGAUAAGGGAAAGAUGUUCAUCUCUUGAAAAGCUUCACGUUUCCUCGUGUCCAAAAUUAAGCAAGAUAGGAGACUGUUUGUCUACCUGCACUAGUCUUGAAGAAUUAAAGCUAAAUGAUUGUGCUUAUUUAAGUGCCAUUCCAGAUUUGGAAGGAUUUUCCUCCCUCCGAAUUUUAGAUAUAUCAGACUGCCACGAACUGGAAACUGUUCCGAUAAGAGGAAGAUGUUCAUCUCUUGAAAGGCUUCACGUUUCCUCGUGUCCAAAAUUAAGCAAGAUAGGAGACGGGUUGUCUACCUCCACUAGUCUUGAAGAAUUAAAGCUAAAUGAUUGUGCUGAUUUAAGUUCCAUUCCAGAUUUGGAAGGAUUUUCCUCUCUCCGAAUUUUAGAUAUAUCAGACUGCCGCGAACUGGAAACCAUUUCAAUAAGAGGAAGAUGUUCAUCUCUUGAAAAGCUUCACGUUUCCUCGUGUCCAAAAUUAAGCAAGAUAGGAGACUGGUUGUCUACGUCCACUAGUCUUGAAGAAUUAGAGCUAAGUGGUUGUGCUAAUUUAAGUUUCAUUCCAGAUUUGGAAGGAUUUUCCUCUCUCCGAAUUUUAGAUAUAUCAGACUGCCACGAACUGGAAACUGUUCCGAUAAGAGGAAGAUGUUUAUCUCUUGAAAAGCUUCACAUUUCCUCCUGUCAAAAUAUCAUCAAGAUAGAAGUCUGGUUGUCUACCGCCACUUGUCUUGAAGAAUUGAAGUUAAGCAAUUUUCCUAAUUUAAGUUCCAUUCUAUAUUUUGAAGGAUUUUCCUCUCUUCGAAUUUUAGAUAUAUCAGACUGCCACGAACUGGAAAUUGACUGGUUGUUUACCUCCAUUAAUCUUGAAGAAUUGAAGUUAAGCAAUUAUAUAUCAGACUGCCAAGAACUGGAAACUGUUCCGAUUAGAGGAAGAUGUUCAUCUCUUGAAAAGCUUCACGUUUCCUCGUGUCCAAAAUUAAGCAAGAUAGGAGACUGGUUGUCUACCUCCACUUGUCUUAAAGAAUUGAAGUUAAGCAAUUUUCCUAAUUUAAGUUUCAUUCCAGAUUUGGAAGGAUUUUCCUCUUUUCGAAUUUUAGAUAUAUCUAUCUGCAACAAUCUGGAAAUUGUUCCGAUAGGAGGACAAUGUUCAUCUCUUGAAAAGCUUCACAUUUCCUCAUGUCAAAAAUUAAGCAAGAUAGGAGAUGUGUUGUCUACCUCCACUAGUCUUGAAGAAUUAAAGCUAAGUGAUUGUGCUAAUUUAAGUUCCAUUCCAGAUUUGGAACGAUUUUUCUUUCUCCAAAUUUUAGAUAUAUCAUACUGCCACGAACUGGAAACUGUUCCGAUAGUAAGAUGUUCACCUAUUGAGAAGCUUCUCAUUUCCUGGUGUCCUAAAUUAAGCAAGAUAGGAGACGGGUUGUCUACCGCCCCUUGCCUCAAAGAGUUAAAGCUAUCCCAUUGUGGUAACUUAAAUUCCAUUCCAGAUUUAGGACGAUUUUCCUCUCUUCAUAUUUUAAAUAUAUCAAACUGCAACAAUCUGGAAAUUGUUCGAAUAACAGAAAGGAACUCAGAUCUCGAAGUGCUUGAAAUUAUUGCAUGUAAAAAAUUAAGCCAAAUAGGAGAUGGACUGCUUACUUUCACUCGUCUCAGAAAAUUGAGGAUAGUGAAGUGCCCGAAUUUGAGGUCCAUUCCAAGAAUGCAUAAUGGUUCUCUCGCUUCUCUCGCCGAAUUAGACUUCACUGGUGUAGGCGAAGGCUUAAUUCGUCUGUUACCAGAUUUGCGGCAAUCCAACGCUUGCCUUCACAAUCUGACACUAUCUGAUUUGCCUGAUCUAAAAUCGAUUCCAGAAAGUCUAGGGGACAUGCGUUUUCUUUAUCAUUUAACAAUCAAAAGGUGUCCAACUUUGAGGAGCAUUCCAAAUGACCUCCUUGGCAGCCUUAAUUUCUUGAGAAGGUUAUUGGUGGUUUCUCAGAAGAGCUAG